CUGUACGUGAUGAGACAAAGCCACUACAGAACAAUACCAACAUUUGGCUGCCAGAAAUUUCCCAAAAAUUGGAAAGUAACUGUCCUCACCAGUGCGUUGACAACCUAGUCGCCGUCACCCUUUGUAUCUACCUCUACUUUUUAUUUCCAAGACCACCCCCGCUAUUUUCUCCAAAAAACCCUCCCACGACGUUCCUAAUAACCAAUUGCAGAAUUAUAUCCGCUCAAAGCUUUCCAUCACCUCAAAUAGCCUCCACCAAUCAGGAAUCCUCCGACGUGUAAUUUUAAGUAAAAAUUGUCAUCGAAGUUAGUUCGUUCCGACACCAUACCUCUUGCAACAUAGAAAAAACGCGCCUUUUGACUACCGAUUUACUGCAGACUUUAUCUACUAAUAAAAUGGAAUCUCAACCGUCUACUUCGGUCGCAGCAGUGAACGAAGAGUACAAAAUUAUUUGUGCAGACGCUGUGGAUUUCGCAGUACGUUCCUUGCGGUCAAAAGGUUUGAUUGCCGAAAAAGCAUCCGGCACCAUGACAAGUGCUGCAAUUAUAAUUGGGAAUGAGUUUCUCAAACGCAUCGAAGAUGCUAUAGAAGGCAUGGUACUCUGUGAGGAAGAGGUAGUAGUCCACUGUGAAGAGGAUGAAAAUGCAGACGACCAAUUUGUGGAGGAAACUGGUCCCUACGAAGAAGUAUCCAGCGAGGGAAGCAAUACUGACAAUGAAUCUACAUACAGCCCACCCGCAAAGAAGGAGAAAAGAGAAGUUAUUUCGUGGGCUACCAAAAUAAAAGCAGUAACCGCUGCAAAACUCCAUCCUACGUGGACUUGGAAAACCCUUCAGAGGAGUGUGACAAGGCAGCUGUGCUCUGCUAGCCAAUUAUUACAUUGGAAACAGAUAAUUGAAAGAAAUUGUUCUUCACAUGAAAAAUAUCAUGUAAUUACACAGUGGACAGUAGACAGAUUUCUCGAGGCUCGCCAAUUGAAGAAGCAAAUAACUACAAGAAUGUUGCAAUUAUGGGCUUUACAAGCUUCAAAUCAAUUUAGAUCAGAUGAUUUUAAGUUCAGGGCUUCAACAUCGUGGGUGAAAAAAUUAAAACGGGAACAAAGAAUAAAACAACGAAAAAUAACGCGUUUUAUAUCGAAGAAAGAUACAUUAACCGUGGAAGACAUUAUGAAAUCAGCACAGUUCUUUCAAGACCAAGUUCAAAAGAUAAUAUCCACAUUUCAAGAAGAUUACAUUAUUAAUACCGACCAAACUGGAUGCGAAUACAAAAUCCAACCCAAGAGAACGUUAAGCAUUCAAGGUGAGAAGACCACUGAAGUUGCAGUGGGGAGUUUAAAUAAAAUAUCACAUUCGUACACAGCGCAGUAUGCAGUAACAUAUUCGGGAAAACUUUUGCCAAAAAUAUUUUUGUGCCUGCAAGAAGUUGGAGGAAAUUUUGGACCACGGGUAGCAGUAGAUGUUCGAAAACAAGAAGAGGAAUUAGGCAAUGUACAUGUAACUUGCACAAAGUCAGGGAAAUUGCAAUCUGAUACCUAUCAA